GCGAGAGCCAGUGACGUCACGUCCCCGUUACGAGCUGAGCUCCAUCUCCUCCGCGCUGCAUUCGGAGCAGCUCGUGCAAUCAAGAGCUUUAAAACGCAUCGAAACCACAAGACCCGACAUCAAUACCAUCAUCACCAUCGAAUUUAAUAGGAAAGCUGAAGAUGCUUCAGUCCCUUGCCGGUAAUUCGUGCGUGCGCUUGAUACAGAGCAACAAAUCGGCAUGGUAUUUUUUAUUCCUCGUGCUCGGCUAUAUUCUGUAUCUCAUAUUCGGAGCGGUGGUUUUCUCCUCGGUGGAGCUGCCGUAUGAAGACCUCUUGCGCCAGCAGCUCAGAGGGAUCAAACGACAGUUCCUCCAGGAGCACAAAUGUCUGUCCGAGGAAAGGCUGGAGAGGUUUCUGUCCAGAGCGCUGGAGGCCAGCAACUAUGGGGUGUCUAUUCUCAACAACGCGUCGGCCAGCUGGAACUGGGACUUCACCUCGUCUUUGUUUUUCGCUAGCACUGUCUUAUCAACCACAGGAUAUGGUCACACCGCUCCUCUCUCUGAUGGUGGGAAGGCCUUCUGUAUCAUUUACUCUGUGAUUGGCAUCCCCUUCACCCUCCUCUUCCUCACGGCGGUGGUGCAAAGGAUCAUGGUCUAUAGCACAUGGCAGCCCAUUGUGUACAUUCAUACACGCUGGGGUCUGUCUAAACCCCUGGUGGCCCUCGUUCAUGCAACUCUUCUGGCCGUCGUAGCUGUGUCCUGUUUCUUCCUCAUCCCUGCCGCCAUCUUCUCUGCCCUAGAAGAGAACUGGAACUUUCUGGAGUCCUUCUACUUCUGCUUUAUCUCACUCUCCACUAUCGGUCUGGGUGACUAUGUGCCUGGUGAGGCCUUUAACCAGAGGUUUCGUGAGCUCUACAAACUGGGCAUCACUGUGUAUCUCCUCCUCGGCCUGAUUGCCAUGCUGGUGGUGUUGGAGACUUUCUGUGAGCUGCAGCAGUUGAAGCAGCUGAGGAAGAUGUUUUAUCUGAAGAAGGAGAAGCCCCAGGACCGUCUGGCCAUCAUGGAACAUGACCAUCUGACCUUUAGCUCCAUGCCAGACGGUACCGCCAACUCGCCCCAGGAGGACAAAACCGAACCCUUUGUGGACUUCCCCGUCCUAACCUCUCCAGGAGGUGAUGACCCCAUGAUCAAAUAGAUGUUUUCGCUUCCAUCAACAUAACUCUCAAUCGAGGGAGACAUCUUUAGCCGAGGGGUCUUGCAAGUUACUGGUAGGAUACAGAAUUGUGAAAAUUACUUGAAUAUGACGCUCGAGAUUCUGCGUAUUUAACAGCCCUCUACAAAACCAUGAUACGUGAUAAAAUCGUUCACUGGCUGAAUAUCUGUAAAUGAUCAUUAGCACACUUAGGCUGCUACCCCAUCAAAUCGGCAAACUACAUUAAAAAGCAUAAUUGCACACUUGUACACUAGCAUGUACUUGCCAAUUGAGAUAGCAGAAAUGGUAGAAGUAAUGUUGACAGCAUUUGUGGCAUAAUGUUGAUUACCACCAAAAUUUAUUUUCACUUUUCGCGCCUUUUCUUUAAAAAAAUAAUCUGUUUCGGUAAGGCACUUACAGUUGACAUGAAUGUGGCCAGUCUGUAAACACUAAAAUACUAUUUGAAUUGUGUAGCCACAAGAACUAAAUAGUAUGUGUGUUAAAAUGAUUUUAGCACGAAAUAAAUCGUUUAAUCUUUUCUAUAUAAAUUUAUAGCCAAUUUGACAUUUUUACCAUCACAAUGGACUUAUAAAUUCUAAUAA